AAAAUAUGCAAAAACUAAAAUGCAUAAACGUAAAAAACAUUAAAUGGAGUGAAGUUUUUAAACAAACUAAGCUUGAAACACCAAAUCAAUUAGAAGCAAAUAGAGAUACCAUAAAUGUCUCCACCACCAGAAAUCCCAGUUAUGAUUUUAUUAUUUUUAUCAAAAUGUUAUCAUAUUGGAUUGAAGAAAAUGUAUUUCCAGAAAAUGCACUUGAUCAGUUGGCAAAUCAAUUGUCAUUUAUUUAUUUUUUCCGUGUAUAUAUUUUUUCUGAAUGUGUAUUAUUCAAAACGUUUAAUUGCUAGCUCUGUUUUGAAUCAAAUUAAAAGCAAAUUUCCAAACCAUCAUACAUAUAAUCAAAUCCUUAAAAGCAGCUGGAACAUAACCACGGAAGAAAUCGAAGCACUAAAUUUGGUAACAAUGGAUGAAACCCUUAGGGUUUUCAUUCGAAAAACAAGUAAAUUCAUUGAAAAUUAUUUUAUCUCUGCUGUUUUUAAAUCAAUAACUGGCAGCAAAUUUAAUGGUUUUUCAACAUCAAAGUUUAUAUAUUUAAACAAGAAGUUUAAAAGUAUUCAAUUACUAUUCGGAGGAUUGUCUUCGUAUAUUUUGUUAGUUCAGUAUCUUCCAUUGGUAAUCGAAUAUGCUAAAGAAAUAACAGGUUAUAUUGGUGCUAAUUAUCACAAUUUAGACGGAGAUGUUAGUAUCAUAGAAGCAGCCUUAGGUGGUUUUAGGUGGAUAAACAUUUCCACGCAAUUGGAUGCUGUUGAAUUGUUGAAAGGACCAGGAGUAAUUGAUAUUAAAAGAAUAAAAGAGCUUCUUGAUCUUCAAGCUGAGCUGGAGAAGUGAGUGUUUUUUCACCACUUUUUCUCAACUCGAUUCGAUUAUAUCAAUGAGGUGAUGAUGUUAACUCCUAAAGGAAAUUUCGAAUUAACUCAAAUUCGAACCUCUGAUUGUUUUUCUAAUUUUUCUUAAAGUUUGGUAUUAUUCAAUUUUGAUUUUGCUUUAAUAAUUUGCCACAAUAAUUAUUUUUUUGUAUUUUG